AUGCCAAGCUUUAUCAAUGUCACUACUUUUACAUUUGCAAUAUGUCUGGCCAUGUGUUUCAGCGUCGCCGGAACAUCCUUUACAAGAGCUGCUUUUACGACAAUCGAGAGAUAUUUCGGAGUGAGCUCGACGAAGAUUUCUGUUUACGCCAGCUUCAAUCAAAUGGCAGCGAUCGUUAUUACUCCCGCGGCUGUGCAUUUUACCAGAAACAUGCAUAUUCCUCGCAUUUUGUAUUUCUCUUUUCUCGCAAAGGCAAUCGGGUUCGUCGUUCUUGUCUUGCCAUAUUUUCUCGGGCCCCGGUAUUUCCCCGACGGAGUUGACAAGAUCGAAGCAAAUGAAUCGCUAAUCACUGGAAACAUCUUUUGCCAGAACGAGGCUGAAGAAGGAACGACCAGAAAUAGCAUGGGUUACUGGGAAUACUGCAUUCCCAUUUCAAAAAUCAUUAUCGGCGUUGGCGGCUGUCUUAUCUGGCCCCACUCAAUUUCGUUUAUCGAUAACAACUCCAAACAAGGGCAGUCCUUGGUCCUUUUCGGGUUCAACUUUGUUGGCAUCUUGCUUGGCCCAAUGCUUGCUUACAGCUUUGCUAGUUACGUCCUUUCAUUGUGGGUUAAUUUCACUUAUGAAUGUGCGCCAGACUGGGUUGAUCCCAACGGAUCCGACUGGAUCGGAGCGUGGUGGGUCGGCUAUGUUAUUGCUGCUGCUUCACUGUUGAUUUUUUCAACCCCUUUGGCUUUCUUUCCAAGGUCUCUGAAGAACAAAAAUGAGGAUAACAAGGAAGAAAAGGAAGAGAUAGAUGAGAAUUUGGUGCUCAAAGAUCACUUUGAAAACGAAGUCGAAAAGACACCAGAGUCCUCCUCCUCUAUGAUUUCAGAAACGAAAGCGCUGUUAAAGAACCCGCUUUUUGUAAUGCAAGUUUUAGCCGGAAUCGUCAAUAGCUGGGCGAUGGCGACGAAAGCUACAUUCGGUCAAAAAUACAUCGAAAUUCAAUUCGGUCUCUCCCCAGCUGAUGCAGCUCAACUCAAGGUUUUCUACAUUGGCUCGCUUUGUGUCGGAUUUUUGGUCGGAGGACUGAUUGUCAAAAAACUGAAGCUGAAGCCAUUCAACGUAGCAGUGUUCCUUUUUGUCGUCCAGACAUUAUAUUCGAUUACGUUCCUCCUUCUCUGGUCCUUUGAAGGGUGCUCUCCCCAAAGUCCAGAUUUGCUCUUUGGAUCCAAAGAAGGCCAGAGCUUGGCGGAUUGCGACUGCAGGACAGAUAAAUUCGUACCUGUUUGCGGUCAAAAUAUAACAAUGGACGGAAAGAUUUAUGAUGAGCUGACGAUUUUAUCUCCUUGCAAAGCAGGCUGUUCAGAUGUAGAGCUCACUUAUUCGAAAGAAGAAAAAGAGUUCUUCGGCUGCCCAGUCGUUUCGAAAGGAAUCGAUAAUAGAAAAUAUCUGGACUGUGCAGUUCCAGUUGAAACUGGCAUCUGCGGUGCGGAAGAAUGCAAAACAAGAGUGUGGAUUUAUCUUGCUCUCGUUUGCCUUGGCACUUUCUUCUCAGGAGUUAAUGGUUCUCCUGGAACAGUGUUUCUGUUACGAUCAGUCGGAAGCGAGCGCAAACCUUAUGCGAUGUCUAUUCUUGGAACUUGUAUGAAGCUUUUUGGAUGGCUCCCCGCUCCGAUUCUAUAUGCCAAGCUCUUCGAUUCGCUUUGUGCAGUGAAAGGAUCGCUGGACAACUGCGUCUUUUACGACAAUAAUUCCGUGAGGCACUUCUACUUUGGAAUUAACGCGGUCAUUGCCGUCUUUUAUACAGUCAUCAACUGCUGCUUUCUUCUCGUUAUUUGGAGGAGAUAUAAAUCGAAUAAGCCGAUGUGGGGAGGAAUGGACAUGGAGAAGCCGUUUUAA